AUGAAUCUGAAACGAAUUUUGACUGAAAAAAUACAUACUAAAUGUCCUCAGAACACGGAUGAUCCUCCCCUGGGUUGCACUGGCUACGGUUACUGUUAUCCGUCAGACCGUUCGACCGACGGAAACGGCCAAACUCAAUGUUCGGACUGUGUCUGUCCAGACGACACUACUCAGGUUUCCAACACGGAGUGUCAAGGUAUCUCUAGAGGAAAUUGAAAAAGAAUGAUUUUUGUGGAGGCUCGACGAGCUGCACACCGAAUCCUUGCCCCUCAGCACAGUACACCUGCGCGGUCGUCAACGGAGCCGCCGUCUGCUCUUGCGCUCCUGGAUUCACCGGAACUGAUUGCACUAUGUGUAAGGACUCGUUCUGUUAAAAUGGUUACAAUUUGAACUUCUUGAAACUAUUCCUGAAAAUUGAAACUUCUGAAGUUUGGCCCAAACGGUUUGGGGAACACGAGACAAUGAAGAUUCUCUGCGCAAAAAUUAGUUUGACUCUUCUGAGGUUUUUAGAUCUGCGUAAAGGUUGGUAGGACUUGAACCAGCAAUCUUUUUGAUCCUAGACUAAAGUCAUAUCCUGUCCCUAAAUAGGGCGCAGGCCAAGCCUGCGCCUAAGCCACUCAGCUACCAAGAUUUGAGAUUUUUCCAUGAUUUUUGUUUCUAAAAGAGAUGAGUGACAAUCCUUGGCAAAUCUCGAACCAGCGACCUAUCUUCCCUAGACAAGAGUCUUAGCCACUGAGCUACGACAUCAAGCUAUUCCCUCAGUUUCCCAAGAAAUUGACAAACCUUGGCGAGACUCGAACCGCCGAUCUAUCGGACUCUAAACAACAGUCUUAACCACUGAGCUACACAUCAUUUUUCUCCGUCACUCGGUUUUUUUUUCAGUAACAACGGAUCCAUGUGCCGUCACUCCUUGCCUGGACCAUGGAACCUGCACGUCUUCAGGAUCCUCUUAUACUUGUACCUGCGAAACCGGUUACUACGGUAACCAGUGUCAAUGUAAACCUUUUCAGAUUUUUUCAAAAUUUUAUUUUGGUCGGCCAAAAUUGAACUGAAAUUCGAGCUCAAGAAAUCACAGUUCACAUAAGGCCUUGAGAAACCAAUCAGAAAAGUCAGCUUGAAAUUUUCAGUAGUUCGUCGAGCUUCAUAGAUAAAGAUGACGAAACUAAAUUUAGAAAAUUAGGAGGUAUACUGUAAAGGUGAAGUAGAUUUUUCUUGAAGCCGUGAGAAUCUUUAAAAACUCGAUACGGCGCGAGAUCUUCAUUUCCAUUUUUGAAAAAGGAUUUUUUUUAAAAAUUGAUAAUUUCGUAACGAAUUUUUAUUCUAACUGGAAACUUCAGACGCCGGAGAUCCGUGCGCUUCGAUGGCCUGCCAACACGGCGGCACCUGCGAGAUGAUGUUCGACGACACGUCGCCGGUCUGCAACUGCCCGUUCAACUACUACAACACGAAAUGCCAGACUUCCCGAUCAAGUUUUAAAAUUCCAAUAUUUCACGAUUAACCCAAAGAACAUUCAAGUGACCACCUCGUACGUCGGCUGCUAUGACGAUUCCUCGGCCGACUUUUCCAAUUAUUACGUCUAUUCGACAACCGGAAUCAAGUCAGGGCCGGCGUGCAUGGACGCCUUGGAGCAGUACCGAAUCGACAACCCCAACUCUGUUUAUAACUACUCUAGUGAGUACUUUAGUCGGAAGCAGGAAACGGAAACGGAAACGAAAAUUGAGAAAUUGAUGAAUUGAUGAAAGGUACUUCAGGGACACCUGAUUACCGUUCAGUUCAUAUAGUCUGUUUUGCUCAAGGAGCGAAGGGCGGGACUUCUCUGCACCCUCCUCGUCUCUCGUUCUUUUUUCAUGUUUCCCUGACCUUUCCGGUUAGGGAACAGACAUUCGAAACUGUCCAUCCGCGGCGAAGGGGCUAUAAAUCCCAGGAAGAAGACUCAUAUCUCGGCUUAGUAGUAGCUCAGUGGCUAAGACUCUUGCCUAGGGUCAGAUAGGUCGCUUGUUCAAGUCCUACCAAUUUUUGCGCGAAUUUUCACACUUCGAAAAGUCAAAAGGAGUUUUUCCUAGAGAAGCUUGAUAGUCUCGGGUUUUUUUUAAUGGUUUAUAUGCCUUAUACUGGAUUUUCGGCUAUGAGACAUCUUCCCUCUGAAACGAGAAAGUUCAGUUUCAACUAAUCUGCGAUCAGCAGGUUUUGAAGUACCUUUCAACAAAGUUUCAUCGAACUCUCAACCGUCCACCUUUUGCGCUUUCCUUGGGAAUAUUUCCGUCAUAAACCUGAAAUUCCAGCAAUGAGCGGAUCGACUGGCAAAUGUCUUUUUUCCACAGUGAAUACUCUCACGGCAGCCCCUUCUGGAGGACGUUUGCCAUUAUUAAUUUUUCAAAUAAAUUUCUUCAUUUCAGUUUUGGGAGGUCUCCUAGAUGCUAUACUCCAAACUUGUUCUUAUGCAAACGUUAACAGCGGAAUGGCGUCCGUUUACUUUCUGAAAGGUUUUUCUUGGACCUCUUGAUUCUUAACUAGCUCUGCAUGUAGAUUUGUGCGCCACGGAGCCUUGCGGCGAGGCCAACGACUGGGGACAGUGCGUUCAGACUUCCUCCACUGCUUACGUCUGCGUCUGCGCCCCGGAUCGUACCGGUGCUACCUGCGAGACUGGUUUGGCUAUUUUUCUUGAGGUGGAACUGAAAAUUGGAUAUUUCCAGCUCUUCCGCUGACGCCGUGCUCGGGAGUCGAUUGUGGAGCCGGAACCUGUGCAGUCACGGAUGAUGGAAUCGGACACUACUGUAUUUGCGAGAAUACCAAUCAAACUGAAAGCUGUGGUAAGGUUCAUCGGGAAAUUAUUGAUUUUUGAGCUUUCUUAGAACUAGCAAGUAGUUUGGUUCGAAGAUUUCCUGAUUUUUAAUCUUCCGGAUCACUAUUUUUUGUUCAAGCCUCAGAAAUUUCUCACAGAAAGAAAAUAAUUUUCUGGGAUUUCGCAUUUAUUUUCCCUCAUUUUCCGAGUCCAAUUGAAUCAGGAAAGAAAAUGAGUUCUCGAGGCUUAACUUUUUGCAAAAAAAAAAAGGAAUUUUUGUUUUUUUGGACCUUAACCUAGCUGAUGGAAGAGUAUUCUGGUCAGUUUUCAAACAAUUCUUGAAUUUUUGAAAAUUUACCGAGGAAAAUGAUUCCAUUCAAGUUGCCAACCCUUGUGCCGCUGACACGUGCCUUUACGGCGGUACCUGUGUUGACCACGGCGACGGGACUUACACCUGCCUCUGCCUCAAUCUUUACACCGAUACCAACUGCGGAGGUGAAGAAAUUGAAAAAAUGUAUAUAAUCGGAAAAACCUUCCAGUUUUCGAGCCAUGCUACAUCAACAAGUGCUUGAACGGCGGCACCUGCGUAUCUAACUAUAAUAUCUUGGAUAGCACUUUUACCUGCGACUGCACGGUCGAUUGGCGUGGAGAUCUGUGUGAAAUAGGUAAGUAUUAGGUUGGAAGAGCUUUUUUAAUGAAUGGGAAUCGGACAAUAUCUAUUUUUCCCCCUAUGGGGUCAAAUUGUUAAUUAUAAAAAACUUCAAGAUCAACAUCUCAAAAUGGUUAGAAUAGGACUGAGUAAGGUUUUUUAGGCUUUUAAAGAGGUCCUCUUUCAGAUAGAACCAUCUGGUACCCACCAAAACCAUUAGGAAUCUGACAACGUCGAUUUUUCUAUUUUUUGGGUUUUUUUGGUCAAAUUAAUCGUUCUAAACUUCAAAAAGUCAUAUUUCGGCUAAAAACGCUCAAAAUCGGGUAAAAUAAGUUUCUCAAGCUCUUCAGGUAGUUUUCUUGCAAAUUAGAUCAUCUGGUAUCAUCAUAAACCAUUAGAAAUCUGCCAAAAUCGAUCCUUCCAUUUUUUUUUUUUUUGGGUUUUCAGUCAUUCUAAACACCAAAAAUUCAUAUCUCGGCUCAAAAUGUUCAGAAUCUUAUAGUGUGAAGUUUAUUAAGCUCUUGAGAGGGUCCUCUGUAAUGAACAUGAAAAACUUUCCAGAGAGAAUGCCAUGUGAUGAUGAGCCUUGUAAAAACGGCGGAGAGUGCGAGAACGACCGAGGCCCUCCGAAGUCCUUCAACUGCACCUGUCCCUCGAACUGGGAAGGCGACGAUUGCACCACAGGUUUGAGUGGAUUCUGAGGGUUCUGAAUAUAUUCUUCUUCUGAAGACGUCGACGAAUGCGCCGUCUUCGGUCCCUCGCUCUGCGGCUCGAAAGAUAAGGCCGCCGUAUGCGUCAACACCGACGGAAGCUAUCAUUGCAGUUGCAGCGAGAACUGGACCGGCCCUCGUUGCACCACGAGUUCGUGAUAGUUUUAGAAAUAACAAGGGAAUGAAAUUUAAUCAGUGAGAGUCACUCGCAAAUGCGGUUCAGGUCGUUAUGGGAAGGAACUUUAGGGUGAAAUUAACUUUUAAAGCUGAAAAAGUAACGAACCAACUUAAGCUAUGUCCUGAAAUUAAAAGUCAGAAAAAUGCGCAAAAUAUCUUCAUUUUAAGAUUUAAAGCUUAUUUUUCCAAUUUCUCAUGAUUUAUUUUGAAAACCAAGUCGUUGAAAAGGUCUAUAUGGGCAUCAGGAAGGCCUUGAAAAAUGGCGGAAGGGAAAAAAAUGACGCUUUUUUUAAUCAAUUUAGAGAAAUUUUUGAUGUUCGAAGCUUAAAAAUGAAAGUACUACGGAUUACUAUAAAAGAAAAAAAAUUUGCUUGUUUUUUUUUUUAAAUAUGAAACGUCAUUUUUAUAUUUUAGAUCGAAUCAUCUAUGAAAUUCUCAACGCCACUUAUGGCUACGUCUCCGAUGACGAUUUGGAAGAGGUUUAUUUUUUUUUCAAUUUCGAAUCAAAGAAAAUGAGUCUAAGACCCUGUAAGAAGUUGAACCAGUGACCUUUUGGAAGCUAGAAAUGAGUCAGCCUUGGAGCUAUCACUCGAAAAAAAGGACUUUACUCAUUUUUAUGAAAAAAUCAAACCAACUCGUUGAGCACUUGAGAAAUAGUUCGAAAAAGAAAUUUCAUAUCCAAGCAUAAUUUAUUUUUUCAGCUCACGAAUCAGUUGACGAGCGAUCCAACGUUGGUCCGUGACAUUAUUCCCUUCCUCAUUGGUGGUUAUUCUCUGGAGACAAGGUUUAAUUUUCUGCUCCUAAACAUUUCAUUUUUAAGAAGUUUUCAGAAUGAACCUCUCGUGGUCUUUAGAAGAUUUAUUCGUCUGGGUUGCGUAUGAAGAAAAAAUCGUUAACCUGAGGUAAAUAUCGAUUUCUGGAUAUUUCAUCAGUUCGUUUUACAGCGAAAAUUUCCACAUUUGGAACGACAAAGUGCUCGGAAAUUGCUUCACGUUUAAUCACUUUAACAGCUCGUCGGAGUACCUGGCUCGGUCUCCGGGAUAUUCUGGAGGUUUUUUUGCUUUUACAGAUUUAAAAAUAUAGGAGAAAGCGAAGAAAAGGCGCGAAAUGGGCCCUUAAAAGGCCAAACGAGAGCAUUUUUUUUUUGGUGAAACAAUGAAAAUUUUCAAGGGUUUAUAGAAAAUAGGCUUAGGAGUAGAGUUCCUAGAAGUCUCCUUUUGACCUGGUAGAACAUCAGAAUCGACAGUUCUGGUAAUACAUUGUGCGAUUUUGUCUUUUCUGUGGCUGAGAGCUCAAUAAAAAAUUGUAUAUCCUGAAAGGAAUUGAACCAGUGACCUUUUGGAGGUGAGAAGUGAUUCUUAGCCACUGAGCUAGCCUUCUCACACACUCUGGCUUCAAAAACUUCAAAAUAGAACUUUUCAGGUCUGACCAUGCAAAUGUCAGUGGAUCAAAGCGAAUACCUGCCUUGGAUCGACACGGCCGCCAUCCAAGUCUUCAUUUCGGCUCGAGAUGAGGUCAUCGCUUCAGAAUCGCCGCGAUUCUACGUCCAGCCCUCCUUUGAGUCUCGCAUCGGCCUUCAGAGGGUACUAAUAGACCCUCUCUCCAAUUGAGCGAAUAUUCCUUCAGACUGACUUUAAAAGACUGGGAGGAAAGUAUGGAAGAUGCGUGAAGAGUGUCUCCGAAGUCAAGUCCUACUAUUACGAGGGCAGCUACACGACUGACGUUGGCAAUUCUGAAGUUGCGAAAAAGACGUCGAUUUUCAGGGCUGUCUGAGGUCGUGCUACCAGGAUGCGGUUCAGAAGGCGUGCGGCUGCAUGGAUCCGAGAUAUCCGAUGCCGUGGACGGCCAAGUCCUGCACGCUUCCAUCUAGUUAGCAUAUAUCCUUGAAAGAAGAGUAAAUGAGUUGAAUCCAGAAAAUUGCAUCGAUGCGAUGGUGGCGAAGAGAGGCGACCCCUCGAAAUGGUCAGAGUGUUCUUGUCCGUUGCCGUGUACGCAGACACAGUUCACGCAGCGCUACUCGAGACUGCCCUACGUCGUUAAGGUGCUUUUUAAUCGGCAUGUUCUAAAACACGAGCGGUUGUGGGGCACGAGCGGCACGACCGUUACUAAAUCACGAGCGGUUUCAUUUUCGCUCCUUCGCGAACGCUUCUAAAUCACGAGCGUUUUUGGCUUAUCGUUCUGUUCGAGCGUUUCUAAACCGCGAGCGUUUCAUUUUAAUCAUUUUCUUUAUUACCAUCCAAGUGUGUGUUUUUCAUAUUUCUACCUUCUUUUUUUCUCCUUGAAUAAAAAAAUUUUGACGAUCUUAUAUGCACAUUUUUUCGCUCAAUUUGUUGAUUGAUUCACAUUUGAGGUUCAUAUAAUGGAUUUUUUUCUAAGUUUUUUUGCGGUCUCUAUAAUUUCACAGAUUCUGGGUAUGGCAAAUUUUUUUCUAAUAAUUUCAUCUGAUUUUUCAUAUUCAAUAUUUCACAGAUUUUGCGUAUGAUAAACUAAUAUUUCACAGACGUCUCGCAUGAAAGUCAAUAUUUCUCAGAUUUUGCUUAUGACAAAUUAAAAAAAUAUGAACUUUUUUUCUCUGAUUCUCAUCUGUGUUUUUCUUGCAAAAAAAUCUUCGAUUUCGUAUUUUUUUCUCGUUUCAUGAUAAAUAUUUUUCAAAGCUUGGAAACGAAUAAAUUUUUUUGGUAGUAUCUCCAAAAACUAUUCUAGCGGGUAAGAGGAGAAUAAAAAUAUGAAUGGCAUCAAUUCGAAUAUGAGAUUCUAUUACCAGAAAAAAAUUUUUGAGAGAAAGUAUUAGAAAAAAAUUUUGCUAUACGCAAAACUUGAGAAAUAUUGACUUUCAUGCGAGACGUCUGUGAAAUAUUAGUUUAUCAUACGCAAAAAUCUGUGAAAUAUUGAAUAUGAAAAAUCAGAUGAAAUUAUUAGAAAAAAAUUUGCCAUACGCAGAAUCUGUGAAAUUAUAGAGACCGCAAAAAAACUUAGAAAAAAAUCCAUUAUAUGAACCUCAAAUGUGAAUCAAUCAACAAAUUGAGCGAAAAAAAUGUGCAUAUAAGAUCGUCAAAAAUUUUUUUAUUCAAGGAGAAAAAAAGAAGGUAGAAAUAUGAAAAAAACACACUUGGAUGGUAAUAAAGAAAAUGAUUAAAAUGAAACGCUCGCGGUUUAGAAACGCUCGAACAGAACGAUAAGCCAAAAACGCUCGUGAUUUAGAAGCGUUCGCGAAGGAGCGAAAAUGAAACCGCUCGUGAUUUAGUAACGGUCGUGCCGCUCGUGCCCCACAACCGCUCGUGUUUUAGAACAUGCCUUUUUAAUCACCUGUUUUGGUCUUUUUUCGAUCAGACUCAUUCUGGCCGUUUUGGGCACGUCUAAUUGCGUAGAAAUAAUCGCAACUCGAAAUUUGACUCAUUGUCACCUUAGUAUUUAUCACAGAAUACUUUCGCAGAGGUGCUUCUAGAUAUGACUGAAAUCAGUGGAUGUAGUUUUCACGCUCAUAAUUAGACCUUGCUCGAAAUGUCCCCUGAAGUUUUUUGAAAAAUUUGGGUUUUUUAUAUUCUGAAAAAAUGUCUUUGAUUAAAAAUAAUACAGUUCCAAGUUUCGAAAUAAAUUUUCAAAAAGCUUUUUAUUGUCAAAAAUUGGUUUUUUGUCUAAUUAAAAAAUUUACUAUAGAUUUUAGUAUUGAUUUAGAUCUUCAAACCUGAGUUACAGGAGAAUUAUCAAAUUAAUAGUAAAAAAAGUUUCCAAGGGAGGAAGUAGUUUGAAAAUUAUUCAGCUUUCGAAAAAAAUACGUUCAUAUUUUGUGAAAAAAUUCUCAAUUUCAGCCAGUCGAAUGCUCACAUUCACACCCAGCAAACGUGUCAGCCUGUAUAAAAGACAACGCGGAGACGGUUUAUCUCAGGAUAGGCCUCCCGACUUUACAAUAUCAAAUUUACGUUGAAACUCCAGCAAUGGAUGUGAGUUGCUUCCUAAAAUUACCGAGUAUAUUCAAUUUUUUGCAGUUUUCAACGUUUCUCUCUCAGCUCGGAGGAUUACUGGGCGUUCUGAUGGGUAUCAGCAUUAUUUCCUUCAUCGAAGUUGCCUUCAUCAUUGUUCAUAUUCUAGUUAUUGUUAUCACGAAACGAUCAAUUUAA